CGUUUCCUGACAGCAGCGUAAACUAAGCCAUGUGCAGCGGUCACGUAACCACUAUAGCACAAUCACAGAGUCGAGGUUUCCUCGUCAACUUGUAAUGUAAUCAACAUUUAAAGAUCGAGGCAUGCGUUAAAUACCCUUCGAUCAGCUGUUAUUAUACCCAUGUAUUGGAAGAUCUGUUAAACUAUUGACAAAACAGUUUUGGCAUUACCUAUUGUUAUGAUUAUUGCAUACGUAGGAAAUUCUUCACGCUCCCUUGAGGAAUUUAAAAGUGGAUACGUGAUUAUGUUAUAAAGAUGCGGCAUUUGUGUAGUUAGUUUGGAAUUAUUUUGCGCCACCUUUUUAUUAUGUUUUCUUAUUUAAUAUGGGUGAUUAAUAUUCUGAACUAUUCCCUGGAAAUAUUGUAACUGUGUUCAUUUAAACUAAGAUGCCGGGAGGAGCAGAUAGCGUCAAAGUAGCGGUGCGUGUGAGACCAUUUAAUCAGAGAGAGAGAAAUGCAGGGUCAGCUUGUAUCAUAUCUAUGAGUGGAGAUUCCACAACAAUAAAAAAUCCAGAGAAUGGUUCCACAAAAACAUUUUCCUUUGAUUACUCCUACUGGUCACACAACGGGAGUCAAGAGAAUGAGGAAGGGGUGUUCAUUCCAGACUCCUCCAACAAGUAUACAGAUCAACGUCGAGUUUUCCAGGAUCUGGGUCAAGGGGUUUUGGACAAUGCCUGGCAGGGAUAUAAUGCAGCCCUCUUCGCAUACGGUCAAACAGGGUCAGGGAAGAGCUACUCAAUGAUAGGGUACGGUCCAAACAAGGGGAUAGUUCCCAUCACCUGUGAGGAAUUAUUCAAGGCCAUAGAAACAAACAAGGACAACUCAAAACAGUUACAGCCCACUUGUGAGAAAGAGGUGUCCUUGGAGGUAUCCUUCAGCAUGCUGGAGAUCUACAAUGAGAAAGUUAAGGACUUGUUGGUGAAGGCCAAACAAUCACCUGAGGGGCUGAAGAUCAGACAGAACCCACAGGCAGGAUUCUACGUAGACGGGCUCAAAAAUGUGCCAGUGAGGAAUUACAAAGAGAUAGAGAAGCUGAUGGAGCAGGGUACUGUGAACAGGACCACCGCUUCCACAAACAUGAAUGCCACCAGCAGUAGAUCACACAUGGUCAUCACCAUCAGGUUCAACCAGGUGAUAAGAAAUGCUGGGGGUGAGAGUAACACCAGGAGUAGUGACAUUAACUUGGUGGACUUAGCUGGGAGUGAGAGGGCGGACUCCACAGGUGCUACAGGGGACAGGUUAAAGGAGGGGUCGGCCAUCAACCAGAGCCUCUCAACACUGGGCAAUGUCAUCAGUGCCUUGGCAGACAUUUCUGGAGGUAAGAAGAAUGUGUUGGUGCCAUAUCGUAACUCCGUCCUCACCAAACUGUUACAAACGGCACUUGGAGGAAACAGUCGAACCAUCAUGAUAGCUGCAUUGAGUCCAGCAGACAUUAAUUAUGAUGAAACACUUUCUACACUGCGAUAUGCUGACAGGGCCAAGAAGAUUCAGAAUAAAGCUGUAGUUAAUGAGAGUCCCACAGACAGACUGAUCCGCGAACUGAAGGAGGAAAAUGCUAAGCUGCUGGCGGCACUCGGGAAAGGAGGAGGGAAGACGGCAGACUCAGAAGAGUUACAGAGACUUUUGCUGCAGAAUGAAUCCAGGAUGGCAGAUAUGAACAAGUCCUGGGAACAGAAACUAGAGGAGGCCAGAAAAGAGUGGGAGAGGGGCCAUGGUGUCAGUCUGGAGCAUGAAGAGGAGCACACAGAAUGGAGGACCGUGCCUUACUUCACCAACAUCAAUGAGGACUCACAGCUGUCGGGGGUCGUCAAACUGUGUAUUCGUCAGGGUGAAACAACAUUUGGAAGAAGUGCGACAGCAACACAUUCCAUCAGGGGAUUAGGAAUUCAGGAUCAGCAUGCUGUAAUUAAAAACAAUGGCUCAAAGGUCACACUUGAACCUGUCAUUGGAUCAAAGAUUUAUGUCAAUGGCAUCAAGCUAAAAUCUAAAGAGGAGUUGCCUCAUUUGAGCCGGAUCAAGUUUGGGUCUAGUUGCCUGUACUUAUAUGUGGGUCAAAUGAAGGAAAGAAAACCAAAUGAAGAAAAAGGCUACGAUUAUGACUUCUUCAUGGCUGAAUUAGCAGAGCAUCGAGGGGUGGCCAUAGAUUUACAGACGCCACGCAUCAGUGAAUCGAUGGAGAAUCUGAAGUCCUAUGUCAUAUUCCAAGAGUUUAUGGACCUGCUUCCUCAGAUAUCUGAAGCUAAUGCCAUUAGUGUAGAAUUAAAAAAGGGAUUGAAAUUUGAGGCAGAAAUCAAAACCAAUGAAUUCCAGCCACAACAGGCAGCAAAAGAAGUUCAAAUCAGGGUCACCAACCAAAUCAACAAGAAGGUGUGGGUUUGGUCUAGGGAGAAAUUCCUCCAUCGUAAGGAUCUAAUGGAGGAGCUGUACUGUAAAUUUAUGGAUGGGGAGUCCCUACCCCAGGGAAGAGAUAAAGACCCCUUCUGGGACCCCGUAGAAGACAUCUUCUUGGGGAGCUGCCAUGUGAUGUUACAAAGCCUUUCGUACUGCGUGGAAACAGAUGAACAUUUUACGCUACAUAACUACCAUGGCAGAGAGGAGGCUGUAAUAAAAGUCGGGAUUUUCCCUCUGGAUCAGAAGGGGGCUCGUCUGGGGGAGGAGAGUAUAGUAGAACCCCGAGAGUUGGUGGGGAAACCCUUCAGUUACGAGAUUUGUAUACCGGAAGCCAUGGGGGUCAGAUGGUGCUCAGAGGACAGGUCAAGGGGCGUGUACUGCAAGUUUUUAGGCAACAAGAACACAGUAAAGAGUGAUACGGUCUGGGGAAAAAGUUACUGUGACUUUGACCUGAAGCAUCAAGUCAAGGAGAAGAAAGUCACACACGAGUUUAUAAACUACUUACAGACUCAUUCCCUGGUGGUGGAGCUCUGGGGAACACAGGAUGUUGGAUGUUUAUGUUGUUAUCCAUUGAAUGAAGAGGACCAGUUACAUCGAACAUUUAAUGGCAAUGGGGUUAGUGAUGUAAAUGGUGAUGUUCUUUCACAACUUAAAAAUAAGGAACUGGAAAUUGAGGGACUCAAUGAAGACUUAGACAGCCUGAAAAAGGAAAACUUUAACCUGAAGAAGAAGUUGGACAAGCAACAGCAGCAGAUUGACAUCAAGAGGAACAGAAAGGGUAUGAGCAGUGUACCUCCAGCGGCCAGUGUGGGAGACAUUGGAUUGGAUGCAGACCUAGCCCAGGCCCUCAGGCUGUUCUUCAGAGAUGUAAAAACUGUCCAGGGUCAGCUCUCAGAGAUCAAGGAAUAUGCUAAAGUGUGUCAGCAAGGUACCUCAGACAAUGGCAACAUAAAACAAGCUCUGGGGAAGCAGGAGCAGAAGUUACAGGAAAUGGAAAACAAGCUCUCUGGCUGUGUCACGUCACUGAAAGACAGUGUUACAAACACUCUGAGGAAGGGAAAGAGAUGACAGGUUACAUGACUAAAACUCACCAAUCAAAUCGCAGAUCAUCCCAAGAUUGAUGCUUGUAAAACAGAGGUCAUGAAAUGGCUGUAAUGUUAAUCAUUUCUUCAGAACUGUGAUCCCAGUGAUAUCGGAGCUAAAUAGCUCCUUGUACAAGCUGCAGUAUUAUACAGAUGGGCAGAAUCAAAUACACAAGUGUUCAUAGUUAUUUUAUACAUGAUUUACCCUAAGAUUCAAAAUAUAAAAAUAUGAUUAUAAAAUACAGUGAAACCUGACUAUCCUGACAUGCCAUCAGAUGACAAUUUUGGUAUCAGUAUAGAGAGUGUGUUAGAUUGCACAGUGUAAAGAACAUAAAAAAAUUAUAAGAUGGUUAUAAAAUAAGGGUCAGAAUCUACAGUUGAUCAGAUUGCACAAGUGUCAGAUUAGACUGUAUUUAGUAAUUUACAAGCAAAACUGGCAAUAAACAAAAAAUUAAUUACUUUUUGAAAAAGUAAAUCAAAUUUUAAGGCAUAAUAUUAUAUAUACAUUGUCAGUAUUUGGAAGGUAAUGCUGUACUCUGUAAAUCUGCCUAAAUGCUUUUUGAGAAUUGUUUUCUAUCACAUAUCACAGGGUGUUAUAAGCACUGUACAGUGUACAUUACAUGUAUGUCCAGAACUAGUCUUGCCUUUAUGUGUUGCAUAUUAUAUUAAAAUAUUGUGUAUACCAUGUUAAUGUACAAUUCAUGAACAUGACUGAACCUAACAUACCUUCUAAUAAAUGGUCAUUAUCAAA